AUGGCAGGCUGGUUCUCUUCUGCGUCCCCGCUCGAUGAGCAGAUCGAGCGGGCGACAUCCUCCUCUCUGGAGGACAUUGCUCUUAACCUUGAAAUCUCCGAUAUGGUUCGCUCAAAAAGCGUUCAACCCAAGGAAGCUAUGAAAGCCCUGAAACGCCGACUGGAGAACCGGAAUCCUAACAUCCAGCUGGCCACAUUGAAGUUGACCGACACCUGUGUCAAGAACGGCGGCACCCACUUCCUCGCUGAAAUCGCCUCUCGUGAAUUCAUGGAUAACUUAGUGUCUUUGCUGAAGGCUGAAGGUGCUCCUCUGAACCCGGAAGUUCAACGCAAAGUUUUGGAACUUAUACAAAACUGGGCCAUGGCGGCUCAGGGUCGAAUGGACCUGACGUACGUGGGUGAGACAUAUCGCAAACUGCAAAGCGAAGGAUUCCAAUUCCCUCCGAAGACAGAAAUGAGUGGCAGUAUGCUGGAGAGCAAUGCGCCGCCGGAAUGGAUAGACUCCGACGUCUGCAUGCGAUGCCGGACUGCCUUUAGCUUCAUGAACCGCAAGCACCACUGCCGCAACUGCGGUAAUGUCUUCGACGCACAAUGUUCCAGCAAGACCAUUCCUCUGCCACACCUCGGAAUCCUGACGCCGGUUCGAGUCGACGACGGGUGCUAUACUAAACUGACCUCGAAGUCGUUCACGCCAUCGGGGGUUUCAGAUCGAACCGCAUUCAAGAACCAAUCUAUCAGCAAGUCCAAUGCAAUGGAGCCACGUGCCGCUAAAGCAGACAAGAGCUUUGAUGAUGAUCUUCGUCGGGCGUUGCAGAUGAGUCUCGAAGAAGCAGAAGGACGAGGUCCCUCCGGAUUCGUACCUCAGACUGGCAACGCCCCUGCCCCUGCCCCUGCGUCAGCCCAGGAAGCUCCGGGACCGUCCGAUGUGGAUGAAGAAGACGCAGAUCUCAAGGCUGCAAUCGAAGCAUCUUUGCGAGACAUGGAGGAGCACAAGCAGAACCAUGCUGCUGUGUUGAAGAAUAACGCUCAGCCAAGCUCAGCGGCGCACGAUUCGUCAAGCACCCCGACUCCACUGCCCAAGAACCCCUACGAACUUAGCCCGGUUGAAGCCGAAAAUAUUCAUUUGUUCUCCACCCUUGUUGACAGGUUGCAGCACCAACCACCUGGCACCAUUCUCAGGGAACCGCAGAUUCAAGAGCUCUAUGAAAGUAUAGGCACACUUCGGCCUAAACUUGCCCGCAGUUAUGGCGAGACUAUGAGUAAACACGACACAUUGCUCGACCUGCAUUCUAAGCUAUCGACCGUUGUUCGCUAUUAUGAUCGAAUGCUUGAAGAACGCCUUUCCAGCGCCUACUCUCAACAGAAUCUGGGCUAUGGAGGGUCUCAGUAUUAUGGCAUGGGGGCCAUGCCUGCGCAGGUUCCUGAUAUAAAAUCCGGCGCGGAGAAUUUUUAUUAUGGAAAUGCCGCCGAUCCCGCUCCCCAGCCGAAUACUGCAUACGCGCCACAGCAGUUGAAUAGCAAUGGCUACGAGGCGCCACCCGCCGGUCUUGCGAACCCUGUGUACCCAGCACAGGCCCAGCGUGGACCCCCAACAGAGUCACACAACAAUGCCUGGAGUCAUAGUCCAUACCCUUCGCUGGGGUCACCUCCACCUACGAACAACGCCGUGCCCAGUCAUGCUGCUUCGGGAUCCUCACAAUAUUAUACUCCACAAGCCGACCAAGACCCGGCCAAGCAACAGUUCUCCGAGCCUCCAUACCAACCAUCUCCGAUCAUGCGACGAGACUCUCACUACCAGCCAAGUGCGCCUCCGAGCGCAGCAGAGCCGCACUCGCCCGACCAUAUGCAAUCACCGACGUACUCGACUGUCCCCCCGGCCGGACCCGCAGCUUAUCAGCAGCCCAGCGGGCCGCCGCCUCAAUCAUAUUAUUACCAUCCGCAGCAGCCUAGUACAGUGCCCGCAUACCCGCAGGUGCCGACUGGCCAACCGGGGGCGUAUCCGGACGCCCAGCAGCAACCCCCCGCGUCGCAUCAACAACCCGCACGACCGGUGGAGGAGAGCCUGAUUGAGCUGUAG